UUUUGUUCCUGCCCUCCUGGGUUUGACUACCCAGUUAUUUCCUCGUUUCGCCAUUUUCUCCGCUUAACCUUCUCCAUUCCCCAACCCAGAAAAAUAAAGUUAAAGAAAAAAUAGGGAAAAAAAAUAAUAUCUACAGAAGUGGGAAAGAAAUGGGAAUCCAAAAUCUCCUCAGGUUCAUGAAACCAUACAUCAAGCCUGUUCACAUAAAAAAAUAUGCCGGCAAGCGUGUUGGAAUUGAUGCAUAUUCAUGGCUUCACAAGGGCGCUUAUUCGUGCAGUAUGGAGCUCUGUCUCGAUUCCAAGAGCAACAGGAAAUCUCUUUACCUGCACUACUUCAUGCAUCGAAUCAAUCUACUACGCCACUAUAAGAUCACACCCGUUGUUGUCUUUGACGGUGGAAACGUCCCGUGUAAAGCGGCCACCGAGGAUGAACGUCACAGGAAGAGAGAAGCUAAUCUUGCCUUGGCAAGGCAAAAACUUGAUGAAGGUGAUUACAAGGCUGCCACUGAAUUUUUCCAGAGAGCAGUGAGCAUCACCCCGCUGAUGGCAUAUCAAUUGAUUCAAGUUCUGAGGUCGGAAAACAUUGAGUUCGUAGUUGCUCCUUAUGAGGCUGAUGCACAACUGGCAUAUCUCUCAAGCCUUGGAGAAGAACAAGGGGGUAUUGCAGCUGUGAUUACUGAGGAUAGUGAUCUGAUGGCCUAUGGUUGUAAAGCUGUUAUCUUUAAGAUGGACCGAUAUGGAAAUGGUGAAGAAAUCGUGCUAGACAGCAUUUUCAAUUCUGUGGCUGGUGCAUAUUCCUUCACGAAUUUUGAUAAGGAUUUGUUCACAGGAAUGUGUGUCUUAUCCGGCUGUGAUUUCCUCCCAUCUUUACCUGGAAUUGGGAUCAAGCGAGCUUAUUCCUUGGUUUCCAAGUAUAAGAGUUUAGACAGGGUCCUCUCCGUGCUUAAGUUUGAGAAGGGCAACCAAAUGCCUGAAGAUUACUUUAAGUCUUUUAAAGAAGCAGUUGCAGUCUUUCGGCAUGCUAGAAUAUAUGAUGCUGGCUCAAAGAUGAUCAAACCAAUGAAACCUCUGCCCAUAAAACUAUUGGAAUAUCUGGAUGGGGAGAUGGAUUUUCUGGGACAAGAAAUCCCUCCAUCAAUUGCAACUGCUAUUGCAGAAGGCCACCUGAAUCCAAUUACCAUGCAAGCCUUCGACCACUGUCCAAAUGCUGAAAGUCUUCUGGAUCCAAUCAUCAUUCAAACUUCUGAUCGAUGCUUGGGAGAUGAGGACCAGGUUUUAUCCAAACAAGAGAGCUGCUUCACUGUAUUUUCUUGUAAAACCCCCAAGAUCACAGCAGAAGAUUGUAAGCCAACUUUGGAUGAAAGUAAGUACCAAAAUGAAGCUGUUGCACUUCAGAAGUUAAUUGCACCUCCAAAAUUUGAUAAAAAACAUGAUGAAAUAGAAGAGAAAAGUGAGUUUCCUGACAACAAUCCAUUCAAGAGAAGAAAACUUGAUAAUGUUGAUGAUGAUCAGUUGUCUCAAAGUCAGAGUGCUUCUGCUGAAGUAUCAGAAGUGACAUCUGUUGAGGAACCAGAUGAAAUCUUGUGCACAACGCCAGAAUCUCAGGAGAGUGUACAUUCCAUGCCUAUUAAGGUCAUCCUUAAAAAGGAGACGGGGAGAACUAAGAAGAUAUUCAAAAGUAAGACUAGUUGCAAGAGUUCAGAAAACAGUCAAAGCAGCAUUCUUAAUUUCUUUAUGCGUAUUUGAUAUUUUCCUUUUCAUAAAUUGCUCCCUUUAAUUCAUGAGGGCAUGCAACUUGCCUUGUUAAAUUAUCAAUUCGUUUUAAAGUUCAAAAUUUUCACUUUUCUUUUGUUAUAGCA